AUGACCGAGACAACCUCACACACGGCCUCCGGGCUCCGAAAACGGCGAUCCUCCUCCUCGGCCUCAAAGCUCGCACACGCCGCCGCAGACGUAGAGCACAAGCUCGCCUCAGCGCUCCUCAUCCUAUGGGACGACCUGCCGUCCUGGCGGCGCGACAACCACUUCAUCGAGACGGGGUACCGGCGCGACAGCAACAGCUACUGGCGUUCCUUCACCUCGCUCUUCUACGUGCACAACGAGUCCGUGAACAUCUGGACACACCUCCUCGGCGCCCUGUUCGUCCCCGCCGCCGCCGCCUGGCUGUACCAUGUCAUCGCGCCGCGCUAUGCCUCUGCCAACGCCUCUGACGUCCUCGUCUUUGGCUGCUUCUUCGCCGGCGCCGUCAUGUGUCUUGAUGCUAUCUCAAACCACUCCGAGGAGGUCGCGAAGUGGGGGAAUAAGCUGGAUUACUCCGGUAUCAUAUUUCUCAUCGUCGGGAGCUAUGUCCCGGCGCUUUACUACGCACUGUUUUGCCUGCCGAAUCUGAUGACGGUUUAUUUGUACGGUGUUUUGGCUGCGGCUUGGUAUCCUGGAUUGAACGGUUUCGGACACCACGCUGGAGACCCUAUCGAGCGGCUAUGUUCGUUGGCCUGGGAGUAUCUGGAGUCGUUCCUAUCUACCACAGCCUAUCUGUUUAUGGUUAUCAAUCGCUUGAUGAGCGUAUGGGACUUAAUUGGGUUUUGUUCCAAGGGUUCUUGUACAUCUUUGGGGCGUUUCUUUAUGCACUUCCCACGAACAUUUGAUAUUUGGGGCAGCUCUCACCAGUUGUUCCAUAUCCUGAUCUUAUUCGCCGCAGCAUCUCAUCUGACUGGCAUGAUCAAGGCUUUUGACUACCAUCAUAGCAUUAUGGCUGGACAGUGCUAG